ACAGUUGACUGUGAUGAGGGAAAACUUCAGGACUUAGUUGCUAAAGGUCCAGAAGCUUUUGAUGCAUGGAUUUCACUUAUUGAAGAGAUUGAAAAGACAUCACCUGAUGACAUAGGAAAGAUAUCUUUGGUGUAUGAGUCUUUCCUAUCUCAGUUUCCUUUGUGUUAUGGUUACUGGAAGAAGUAUGCUAAUCACAAGGCACGCUUAUCCACCUUUGACAAGGUUGUUGAAAUUUAUGAGCAGGCAGUGCAAUCAGCAACUUACUGCGUUGGUCUGUGGGUUGAUUACUGUAGCUUUGGUAUGUUGUUGUUUGAAGAUCCACUUGAUAUCCAAAGAUUAUUUGAAAGAGGAUUAUCCUUUGUUGGAAAGGACUACUUGUGCUAUCAACUGUGGGAUAAAUAUAUCAAAUUUGAGUAUUCUCAGAAGCAAUGGAGUUCCCUGGCUUACAUUUACAUCCAGACUCUACGAUUUCCAACGAAAAAGUUACAUAGCUAUUAUGAUAGUUUUAAGAAGUUGGUUUCCAUUUGGGAAGAAGAGAUAGGAUGCCAGAGUGCCUGUAUCACAAGAGAGCAAUCAGAAGCUCUAGCUAAUAUUGAGAUCAGGGAGGAUUCAGCUUUUCAAAAUGAGGAAAUACUUGCCGUCAUCAAUGACCUUGUGGAUCCAGCGGUUGGCUUGCGUAGGGCUGAAGCAUUGCAGAAAUAUUUAUCUGCUGGAGAACUUCUCUAUCAGAAAGCAAGUCAGAUGGAUGCAAAGAUCCAUUGCUUUGAGAGUCAUGUACUUGGGUCUUAUUUCCAUGUAAAACCGCUUGAUGCCAGUCAGUUAGAAAAUUGGCAUCACUAUCUGGACUUUGUUGAGAUGCAAGGAGAUUUUGAUUGGACUGUAAAAUUAUAUGAGAGAUGCUUAAUUGCCUGUGCCUAUUACCCUGAGUUCUGGAUGCGUUAUGUUGAAUUCAUGGAAACUAGUGGUGGAAGGGAGAUAGCAAACUUCGCCCUUGUUCGAGCAACACAAGUUUUUCUAAAGCAGCAAGUGCCAGCGAUCCAUUUUUUCAGUGCAAGAUUUAAGGAGCAAAUUGGAGAUGUAUUUGGUUCCCGUGCUGCAUUUCUUAAAAACAAUCUGGAACUAGGCUCUGCUUUCAUUGAUUAUGUUGUAAAGGAGGCUAAUAUGGAAAAACGUCUGGGAAAUUUUGGAGCAGCCUCUGAUAUAUAUGAAAAAGCACUUGAAAUGGCAACAGAGAAGCAGAAUUUACACACACUUUCCAUUCUUUAUGUUCAAUUUUCUCGCUUUAAAUACAUGAUCACUGGUAGCAUAGAUGCUGCUAGAGAAGUCUUUAUGAAGGGUAUCGAACAUGCCCCUUACAGCAAAUUACUUCUGGAGGGAUUAAUAAACUUUGAGAUGAUGCACCGAGGACCAAGAGAGACAAGCAUCAUAGACUCUAUUGUAGCUAAAGCAGUAUCUUCAGAGGCAGAAAUAUCACAAGGCUUGACUGCUGAAGAUCGUGAGGACAUUUCAAGUCUAUUUUUGGAGUUUGUGGACCUUUGUGGGACUAUCCAUGAUAUCAGGAAGGCAUGGGAUCGUCACAAAAAGCUCUUUCCUCAUUUAUUGAGGCCUGCCUCAUGUAAAUCUCUGGUCAGUGAGGAUUGGAACUUGAAAAAGAGCAUGGAAGGAAGACAGAAUUUUCCUGUGGCUGUGCCUCAUCAUGUUUCAGAAGAAGAUGGUUCUCAUGAUUCAGUUAAGCAUUUGCAGCAAAACCAGAAGGUAUCACUGCCUGAAAAUCCUGUUAUCCUUUCUAGUCAGGCUGUCACUGACCAACCCCAAUCAGAAGAAGAUAAUAAUGAUACGCAGAAGAGAAUACAACAGGUGGGAUCACCCAAAGUUUUGGAAGAAGAACAUGGAAAAUAUGCAACAAAUCAGAGUCCAAUUAGUGAUGAUGCCGUGCUUAAAGCAGCAUAUGAUCCUCAAGUUCCACAGCCUAUGCAAGAACACCACAAACGAGAAGAUGAAGUUCAGAAAGAGCCUGACAUGGAGUCCAAAGUUGAUCUUAGACCACCUUCACUGGAGAGUCUUUCAUUAGAAGCUCAGGAUUUUGCUCCCACUAGAUCUCAUGACCAUGAAGGCCCUGAAGAAACCUCUAGUUCAGAUGGAAAUAGGCCAAAGAAUGGUGGUGUCUCUUCUAUGUCCAGUCCGCCAUGCAUACAAUCAGAUGACCUUGCCCAUUUUCAUCUUCAAAAGAAUUAUGGCCCUUUACAUGCAGAAAGUAAUCCAGGUUCUUUGCAAGAACAGGCAUACUCACAGCCACUUGCACCUAAAAGCAGCGCAUCCAGUCAUAAUGCUGGAGGAAAAUGGCGUCGUAUGAAUAAAACUGCACUAUCUACUGGAGAUGCCAAUUAUGGGUUCCAUGGGUAUCCGCAGCUCCAGCAGCCUCAACAAUGGCAGGUUUCCCCACAGCAACAGAUCCAACCAAUUGAAAUGCAGUCUCAAAUCGUUAUGAAUCAAGUUUAUCCUUGUCAGCCUUUGUCUGAGCCCAAUUCACAAGUUCAGCAUAAUGGCCAAGCACAAAACCAGUAUCAGCCAUCUGCUACUCAGGUGUAUGCAGGUGCAGCAGGUACUCAUAUCUGGCACGCACAAAAUGUUCAGCAACAGAGCUUUGCAUCUGUACCUCAAACUCAGCAGGUUGCACAACUUGUUACCCACGCUCAAGCAAAUGUUUAUCCAUAUCCAGUGCAAAGUACUGAGCAGCAUGGGCAUAUGCAGAAUAACCAAGCAUAUGCCCAUCAAAUGUGGCAGUAUUACUAUCAGCAACAGCUGUACCAACAACAAUAUCAGCAGCACCUACAAUACCAGCAGCAGCAACCACAACAGUCUCUGCAGCAACAACCACAGCACUCUCUGCAGCCACAACCACAGCACCACUGGCUACAACAACAACAGCCACAACCUUUUCUGCAGCAGCUGCACUACCAACAACAGCCACAACCUUUUCUGCAGCAGCAGCACUACCAACAACAGCCACAACCUUCUCCACAGCAGCAACAACCACCACCACAAUCACAACCACAACCGCAGCCAGAACAGCAGCAGCAGCAGCAACAACAACAACAACAACAUGCACAGAUUACUCCAUCGCAGCUUCCAGCAUGGACCAACAACUGUUACCAGCAGGUUCAAGGAGCUACAGAGAACAACAUCGAGGCACCUGGACAUGGUGUAUACCCUCAUGCCCAACAGCAACCUUCCUCAAACCAGUAAAUAUCAAAGGAGCUUCUCUAUUGUACUUUGAAAACUGGUACGUAGUCCCCC